ACUCUCAAGUUGGGAAGUCACGACACUACGACAAAAAUAAAACCAAAAGCAUCUAAAAAUUCUAAGAUUUCAUUUUCACCAAGAAAAUAUGGACUUUGUGACUUCAUUGUUCAUGCCUGAUUUAACUGACGAAGAUGGAUUACCGUUUACUGAUUCUUUUCUUUCGCCGUUGAUAUCAUACCAAAACCAUGAUGUUUGCAACCCAAUCGCCGACAAAAAUGGUGUAAGCAAGAAGAAACGAAGUGUGUGUGAUACAUAUGGAGAAAGGGAAGCCAACAAAGGGGAUGAUGAUCGAGAAAGCAAGAAGAUGAGACACAGAGAUAUUGAAAGGCAAAGAAGAUUAGAAGUCUCAUCUCUUUUCAAAAGCUUAAGAUCUCUUUUGCCACUUCAAUAUAUCCAGGGCAAGCGCUCUUCAGCAGAUCACGUUUCUCAAGCAGUUAACUACAUCAAAGACUUGCAAAACAAGAUCAAAAAACUCAAUAAAAAGAAAAAUCGGUUAAAUAAAUCCAUACCGGGCACAGUUACGGCUCAUCCAACUACAGAGGAAUGCACUAGUAGUGUAUCAUCAUCAUUGUCGACAUCAUCACGGAGAUGCUCAUGUGCAGAUGACAAACACAUCACGGUUAUUGUCAUGCCUUGUUUUCACGGCAUGGAGAUCAUCAUAAGUUGCUGUCUCGAACGAAACCAGUUUCGUCUCUCGAGUGUUCUUCAAAUCUUGGCUCAAGAAGAAAGGCUUAGUGUUGUUAGCUGCCUCUCAACUAGGCUGCAACAGAGAUUUAUACACACAAUUGUUUCUCAGGUCGGCAAUGGAACAAAAAUCAACAUUUCGGAGCUUAAAGAGAAAAUACUGAAUAUGUCAGCCAUAAAGGAAUAUGUAGGCGAACUUUAAUGUAUAUUUCACUUUUGUUGUUAGUUAAAGUUUUAAAGACCGACUAUUUUCUUUUGUCAAAACUAACACUUUCUUUGU